GAACCAACUGGAACGUUGUAACCCGUUACAGAAAAAUAACCGUUUAUCACACCUAUAAGGCCCAAGUCUACAAUUGCGGUAUAUACCAGGAACAAGCUCUUCGUAGAGUAAAAUAUACCAGGUAUAAUACUAUGUGUUGUUCUACAAUGCAACGAUGGCGCGAGAAUAACUGUUCCGAGUACAUCGAAAUUUUGGCUCUGGCGGUGUCCAAGCCGUAGCGGCAACGCUGCCAUCGAGAUGACCAGAGAAUGUUUUGUGUAGUUUUCGAAGGGUUAUUUCGAACUUUGAAAGUGAAUUUAGCUCAAAGUUUAUGAUAGUACCCCAAAGAAACAGUACCUAAAAUAGUUCAGCAAAAAACGAUGCACCAAUUUCAGUAAAAAUGAAGUGGAAACAUUAAUGGACGUAGUAGUAGAAACUCACCGACAUGUUAUUGAAUGUAAUAAAACAGAUACAGUGACUAAUGGAGCAAAAGCGGCUGAGUGGCGCACUAUAGCAACAACAUUUAACGCUAUUUGUGGCACGGGAAGAACCGGGAAGAUGUUGCGAAGCAAAUUGGAUUCGCUCAAAAAAUCGACUAAGAAUAAGAAAGAAUAUGCCGAGCUUAGGAGCCAAGUAUAUAAAACUAGUGGCGGUCCACUCCCAUAUUUGAACUUGACAGGUUUAGGAAAAAGAGUGCUCAAUUUAGUUGGUGUCUCUGCUAAGGGUACUGCAUGUGAAUUUGAUUCGGAUGCUGCUUUUGUUACCCCAAGUGAAUUGGAAUCCUUGGAAAUUCUUACAGAUGCCCAGUAAGCAGCUCCAUUUUAGAAAAAUGAAGAGGAAACCCGCAAAAACUGGAAGAAACGCACAUAUUUAUGAAGAACUGGCCCAAAAAAAAUUGAAUUUUUAUAGUUUCAAAAAACUUUACUGCAAAAAGAAGCGCUACAAAAAGAAGAAAAGGAAAAGGAAAUGCAUGAUCUAAAAAUCAUACAUAUGAAAGCAUACUCUUAAAUUGAAAGCGGUCGAAUCCCAGAUUUUAAAUAAAACAACUUAAUAAUU